AUGAGUAACGGAUUUUACCGAAAGGCAGAAAAUGGCCCGGACGGAGGCCUAGACGGCCGAUUUUUGGAUCGAGACCGGUGCCAAUGGGGCGAAGCCCAAUUGGCGCGACGUUCUCCUCAGAACGAGGAUCGCGGGCAUAUGCUGUGGGCUGCACGAUUCUCCAAUGCCUCAUCGUCCUCCUUAUUUCCCAUUUCCCCCUCCUUGUCCUCAACAGCUGGAACAUCGCCUAAACCCCUCAACAACUCGGACCCACUUCCAAUGCCGUUUUCUUUCUCGGCCCCACUUCCAUUGGGGUUUUCUUUCUCGGACCCACUUCCAUUGCCGUUUUCUUUCUCAGCCCCCCACACUUUCUCCGACAGAUCGUCGGAUUUCUUCUGGGCCCUGAACUGGAGAAUUCCGUUCAGGAUAGUGAUUUCGUCCGCCUCACUCCAUAUCCUCUGGAACGGUUGUUUCUUCUCGGGUUCAGCCUUCUUACUCUUCUUCGACUUCUUGGUGACAGCGGGCUCCGUCCCCUUAUCCUCCUCGACGGCCUUCUUCCUGGUAGAUCUGGCCGCUGAAGCGGAGGCGGCGGCCGGCGGUGGGGAAGUCUUCCGGAUCUGUUCGGGCUCAGAUCCGAUGUCCUCAGACGAGGAAUCGUCGGUUUCCUCGACGGGCUCACGGGCUUUCUUGCUGUUCUUCGACUUCUUGGUGACAGUGGGCUCCGUCCCUUUAACCUCCUCGACGGCCCUCUUCCUGGUAGAUCUGGCCCUCGACUUCUUCGACUUGGAAUUUUUUCUGGCUUUCCUGUCGGAUUCGGAUUCAGAAUCCUGGGCGGGUAUUAUGGCGGAAGGGGUUUGGGGUUGGGGUUUCGUCGCGGCGGCCGGCGGUGGGGAAGUCUUCCGGAUCUGUUCGGGCUCAGAUCCGAUUUCCUCAGACGAAGAAUUUUCGGUUUCCUCCUCGCCAGAAGAGGAGACGGGCUCACGGGAUUUCGCCAUUUUACGGUGA